CAACUCGCUAACUCGACCAAAUAUCUUGUCUUCAACAUUACAAAGUGCUGUCUUCUUACGGAAACAUUUUAAGAAGGGCUAGUGGGUGUGCCUCUAAUCAGACUGUGUGAUACGAAGAAAACACAGCACACGCCAUUGCUGCAUAGAUAACAAGCUCAGCCGGUGGUGCUGUAGCGAAACACCACCGGUUAACAAAGCGUUAAUAUGACAGGACCGAACAGUGAACGACGUGGAAACCAAAACUGAAAUCUGGUUUUGCUUGGGAUUUCUGAGAUAAAGACCUCUUCACAGCACCAGUUGACAGAAGAUGUUUUUUGCCAAACAAUUUAUCAGUGGCAUCAUUGAUGUUGUCAGCAACAUCGACCCCGCCCAGUUUGUGCCGUCUGACCCUCCUCCGCCACGCAGGCCAGCUGUAUAUGCGGAGCAGCAUGAGAGCGAUGAGGAGAGACAGUUCCGCAGAGUCUUCCAGCAACUCGCUGGAGAUGACAUGGAAGUGAGUCCAACUGAGCUGAUGAACAUCCUAAACAGAAUCGUUGCAAAGCGUGGAGACCUGAAGACAGAUGGUUUCAGCAUUGAGUCUUGCAGGAGCAUGGUGGCAGUCAUGGAUAGUGACAGCACUGGAAAACUUGGCUUUCAUGAAUUCAAACACCUCUGGAACAAUAUAAAGAAAUGGCAGGAAGUGUACAGAUCCCACGACACAGAUGGCUCCGGUGUCAUUGGUGCAGAUGAGUUGCCCAACGCUUUCAGAGCUGCUGGUUUCCCCCUCAACGACCAGUUGUUCCAGAUGAUAAUUCGCAGAUACAGUGAUGAAAAUGGGAACAUGGAUUUUGACAACUACAUUGGCUGCCUUGUGAGGCUGGAUGCCAUGUGCCGUGCCUUCAAAACCCUGGAUAAGGAUAACAAUGGGACUAUCAAAGUCAAUGUUCUGGAGUGGCUUCAGCUGACCAUGUACUCUUGAGUGCAGACGAUGUCUCUCCUGCUUGUUUUACGGAACCACUUUGUUUGUCCACAGUAUUAAAUAUUUUCUCAACCAUCCCUACAACUUCCUGUUCUUCAGCAAACCCCUUGUGUGUGCAGGUUUAUUUAGAAUGCUAAUGCAAGUGUUGUGGGAUUGUUCACUGUUCCACAAUACUUUCAAGACAGAAUUGAUACUGUAAAAGCACAAACCUGCACUCACAAUGGAUAAGUAUAUAGCCAACAUGAUUCAGGUGCAUAAAGAUGAUCGACCCCAUGUUGAAUUGGUGUCAUUUGGUCCGCUUGUUUGGCAUUUGCUUUUGAUCUGCCUCAUGCCUUCAAGUCAAAAUGGCACAAAAGGAGGCAGGCCAACAUUAAGAUGCUUUACACCGUGACAUUUGUGAAAAACCUAAUGUGAAAGCAGGAUGGUCCCACUCAUAUGUGGCAGGGGCUGGUUUCACAAGUAUUGUAUGUUUGAGGGGUCUGUGGAGAUUAGUUUUGCUGUUUGACUGUUUUUAUGCUAAAAUACUGACGUUGGACAGUUUAACAAAAAUAAAAACUGACAACUUUUUUGCCACCUUACUUAGAAACAUUCAUACCUUCUGACAACUUUGUGCCACCUGCUGACAAAAAUAGGAAAGCCUACUUCACUCAUCUCACCAUUUUGUGUUGGAGUGCACAGAGGUUAACAGUGUCAAGCUGUAGCUUGGUUGGCCAUGUUUUUUGGUUUGAAUGCUCCACCCAGUUGUUUCCACCUAUUUUGCACAAUUAUAUCCUUCCCAGAACUGUGUGGGUGUGUGUAGACUGCUUGAUUGACAUCUCCAUAUGUCUGCUGUUAUUUUUGUUAUACCUAUUUGGGCGGGACAACGUACGCCUUUAGCCUUCAUGUUAGUGCAUGAAAUUUAGUGACCUUGCAAAAUCUCAGAAAAGCUCCACCCAACUUGAACCUGAGCAGAGGACUAAGCAGCUUUCACACAAACUGAAAACAGUGUGUGUAGGGUGUACGUUGUCCCACCCUAACAGGUACAACAAAACUAACAGUUGGUCUAAUUUGGGUAAAAUAGGCAAACACAUGCAGAGACUGCCAGAUAGACAAGAACUAGACAGAUUUGUAGAGUUAUGCAUACUGUAUAUCUGAAGUUUUCCUUUUUGUUAGACCACAGUCAUAUUUAGUGUCUUUGUUAAACCAGCCCCGAGUCCACUGACUGGAGAUUCUUGUUCACUAAAAUGACAAUGUGAGACAGCUCACCAUUUUGGUUACUUCUUAUCGAAAAGUAAGGUAGAUGUUUAAAUUAUGGUACACUUGCACCACAUCCUAUUGCAAGCAGAUCAUGGUUUAAUGAUGUGUACGCUCCAUUAUUUUGCAUCAGAGUUGCACUGUUACUGUAUAUGCAUAGCGGUCAGGAAUCCCAGUGCUUUCUGCAGCCAGUGCUUUCUACAGAAGCUCUACACAAUAAAAUACCAAACUUUCUUUAAGUGGCCUAAUAUUAAUGGUAGUUUGUUAAUGUAUAUAUUCAAUAUAUAUACAAUGUUUUGAGACUGUUUUGUUUGGGCAGGAAAAUCUUUUGACAUUUAAUGUUUAAUGCUGGUAGUGCAACUUGGCCAUAGCAUUCUCUAUGUCUCAGCUUACUGAUCACUGUGUACUUAUUAAUAAUGUCUGCACCAAAUAAUGCCUGCACAGUGUGUAAAUUGAUAAUAUAUAACGUGUGUAUGCCACUAAUGCAUGUAGCUGAUAGUAAAGAUGCCAUUAUUAAGGGUUUUUAACCAUGUAGGUAUGUUACUGAAAAUGCUUGGUAAAAUAAAUAACCUGUGCCAUAUUUGGAAUAAAAAAGUAUGUUAAAUA